GUUUGGGCAUGCCUACUACGCUCCAACAUAAACAAAGGCUGAACGCUGCGCUGCAAUAAACUCUGCUCUCCUGGUAUUUUACAUGUUAGCAACCAAGAAAAGUUGGAGACCGACUUCUUUCUGGAGCCAUGGAUAACGCGUUAUUGAUGCGAGUGAGUGUUUUUACCGACCAAGGAGGCAGGAAAUACAUGGAAGAUGUGACCGAGGUCAUAGUAGAGCCCAAGCCGGGAGAAGAUGAACCGACCUCGGGAGAGCCAGAAGAGAGCAAUGGGGGAAACUUUAUGGUCAGUUCUCUGGCUACGGACACGUAUCCACACCGGACUAGUAAAACCGUUGUUUCACAACAGGUUUCAGAUGCAUCAUGUGGACUUGUGCAAACGGGAGACCAAUGUAUAUUAGUGGAAACAUCUUUACCGGGAGGUCAAAGCCCGCCGCGAGCUCAGCCGAGCACCGCGAUUCCUUCCCGCCGUUCUGUAGCGUUCUUCGCUGUGUUUGACGGGCACGGCGGUCGCGAGGCUGCGCACUUUGCACGAGACUAUUUGUGGGAGUCCAUUAAGAAGCAGCGGGGGUUCUGGUCAGACUGUGACCAGGAGGUCUGUUCUGCUAUUCGAAAAGGAUUUGUAGCGUGUCACCACGCUAUGUGGAAAAAGCUACCUGAAUGGCCAAAGACACUCACAGGCCUUCCCAGCACAUCGGGAACCACAGCCAGUGUAGUGGUCAUCCGAGGCAACCGCAUGUAUGUGGCCCACGUUGGGGACUCGGCAGUGGUUCUAGGGGUCCAGGAUGACCCCUCAGUGCCUUUCAUCAGAGCUGUGGAAGUCACACAAGACCACAAACCUGAACUACCCAGAGAGAGGGAGCGUAUUGAAGGUCUGGGAGGAAGUGUUAUCAAGAAAUCUGGAGUCAACCGGGUUGUUUGGAAAAGGCCAAGACUGAGUCACAACGGCCCAGUCCGGCGGAGCACUGUCAUUGACCAGAUACCAUUCUUGGCAGUAGCCCGUGCACUAGGUGAUCUCUGGAGCUAUGACUUCUACAGCGGGGAGUUUGUGGUUUCUCCAGAGCCAGACACUAGUGUGGUGACCCUUGACCCCAGAAAACACCGCUACAUCAUCCUGGGCAGCGACGGUCUGUGGAACAUGGUGCCACCUCAGGAGGCUAUCUCCAUGUGUCAGAACAACAAUGAGGCAAUGCCUUCCAUGCUGCAGGCACCGUGUGGUGUAUCGAGUGCCCGGCAGCUGGUCAGCCACGCUCUGCUGCGAUGGCGCCAGCGCAUGUUGCGGGCUGACAACACCAGCGCCAUCGUAAUUGCCCUGCAGGAGCCUGGGACCUCCCAGGACGAACUGCACCAUGAGGAGGUGCUGCUGGACCUAGCCAAGGUAUCCCAGUGUCCUCCCACCUCCGUGUCCCGCGCUAACACUCCUCUCCUUCAGCGGCCUCUAGAGGAAGACACUCCCUCUGCCAUGUGUGAGCUCCUCCCUGCCUUGGAGCGACAGGACGGACUAUCAGGAAGCAACAGCCUGUACCACAUGAUUCUGUCUGACCCGUUCACCCUGACUCCACUGUGUCCAAACAGUAGUUCUGUGUUUCCCUGUCAGUCCAGUCGCACUGACAGGACAGUUUGCAGCAGGACACCCAACAGCAAAAGAACUAUUGACGGAUCAUCAUCAUCACCAUCAUUAGUCCGGUCGGCUAAAAGGGCCCGACGCAGGACUGCCGACAGGCUGCCGCUGGUCCAACACAACGCACAGAAAAAACACAAGGAGUCCAAUAACAUGUCCCCCAUUGUCCAGCAGCAUGACAAGACCACAGAGUGUGUGCUGAAACACACACAGACACAUCAACCUGCUGCCUCCCACAGUUAACAUUGUCUCCAUUUGUGUUCCUUAUGUUUGCAGUAUUCCUGCACAUUGUCACGGUGCACAGCAGCCUUGCUGUAGAGGUUGUGGAAAGCCUUGUCUUCUUGCUCAGCACCAGUAUCGUAUCAUUUGAAAACUUAAGGAGUGCUAAUUUUCACAAGGCAUUUCUUGUCUCUGUUUCAAAAAUUCUUCCUGAAUUGCUGAUUAUUUCUGGUAGCAGUUGUAAGAAAUAACUAUGACUAAUGAUGCUGGUGUGAAUAUUAUGCAUUUUAUAGUUGAGUAUUUCAAACUUUUCAUUUUAAACAAAUAUAUAUUUUUAUACAUUCUUUUAUUGUUCAAUGAUGAAACAUGAACAUGUAGAGAAGCUCCACCACAGCUUGCAUCUCCUCUUCACUCUGUCCAUAUACCAUUGUGUGCACAUCUGGUGUUUGAACAUAUUUAUGUAUUCUAAUCUCAUUUUAAUGAAUCACUGGAGAUUUGUUUUACAUUACAGGUCAGUUUUGAAUACAAACUGAAGGUGCUGCUACAGUCACACACCAGUAAGCUACUACCUUGUGUAUAUUGAUCUAUAAAUAUAUGUAUAAGUGUUUGUAGCAUUUAUCUUUGUGGGUACGUAUUUGACCCAACAUCUGCCCCUGUCAGGUUGUAAAGUGGUUUUAAGUUUUUGCACAAUGCCUCUAAAGGGAUAGCUCCACUCUCUUAAUCAUAUUAAUUAAUUAAUUAUUUAAUGCAUUUCUAAUGAAGCAUUGCAGUUGAGUUUUUUUGGUGUCAUCACUUCCCCUUGAGCUCCACUCCUUCAUACAUCAGAUAGUGAUUUUCUAUGUUUCCAAAAAUGCCUUUCUGCAGCCCUCUGCUGUGCUGGAGCUUUUACAGAAGCUGGUGUUUCUGUCUCCACAAUGAUGGAUUUCUCCCUCUCAUUUGCUACGUCCUGGUGGCUCCAAAACGAAGACUUCCUUUGUUACUGAGGGACAGACACAAAACCUGAUGUUUACAAUUAAUGUUAAUGAUUCAUUUGCGCUGCCAGAGUGCGAUGGAUGUAUCCGUGAUGUCACGCUGUCUACGGUUGACCAUACAUCUGUGAGAAUAUGAAAAGUGCUCCAUCUCAACCUUAUUAGUCUCUACAGGUCACCUUGUCUUCCGGGACCAGACAAUCUGAGAUUGAAGCGGUUUGAGGCUGACUUGUGAAUCUACGCAUCACCAGUCCAUCCUGCUGCUUGUUUUGACUCGUUUGCAACAAGGCAAUAUCUGUUCUUUCUGUUUUACUCAGGCUCACUCAGGUUUGUUUAGCUUUCCCUGUAUACAAGCCAUUGUCCCUGUUCCAUGCUGCAGCUUCAGUUGUAUGGUUACUGAGGUAUGCACAAGGCUCAUUUUUGAGUAAAUACGAAGUGCAUGGACUUUCAAAGAGAAUAUUUUUGCACUAUUAUGUGAUUAUUAAUUGUCUUUGAGAAUAAUUAUUAUUUUCUUUGAAAAUGUGCAGUUCGGAAUGGAUGGCAUAAAAUGAAAACACAGCAAAAGUAGGGUAUUUGAGGCUAAAGCAAGUAUUUUUGACUUUAAUUAGUGGAAAGGAAUCCUCAUUAAUCUGAGUAGUGUGUAGAACAUGGCUGUGCCCCCUUUGCUCCUGAUGGUUUAGUUACAGGACAGACUGAUUCAGAUGAGAAGUAUUCACUGUGAGAGAAUGAUGACCAUUACUCAUUUAAGACUGUCUCAAUCUUUGUAAAACCUUGUUACAUGAUAAUGUAUUUUCAUUAAGCAUUAAGUGCGAUGUUUAACAGGACUUUGUAGCACUAUGGAUUGGUUCAAAAUAUAUUGUACCAGGAGUGAUCAUGUUGAUGUUUUUCUGUUACGUUGCUUGGGAUCCCUGUAUGAUUUGCUCAUGAAUCUUAGUAUACUAAUUUACUCUGGUGAAUAAUGACAUCCCUGAUUCCCUGAUUGGCUGUGCUAACAGCCUAAAGUGCAUGUGUGCAGUGUAAAUGUGAAAAACACGUCUCUGGAAAUGAACCCCAGUUAAAUAAAAAGCUCUCUGAAUUGAA